GGUGUGUUUAUGGCAGGAAUCAGGAUCUAGGGGAUAUAUAUAAGUUCAGAGUCAGCAGUUCAAUCAGAAAGAUGAUGUUCUGGACACUAAGUUUCGUUUUUGUGAUCAAUGUCCUGACCAAAGGGUGUGACUGCCAAUCUUUAGCAUGUGGCAGUGCACCUCUCAAUACAAAAAUUGUGGGGGGAACGAAUGCGUCUGCCGGCGCUUGGCCAUGGCAAGCCAGCCUUCACCAGUAUGGGAGACAUUUCUGUGGUGGAUCACUCAUCAACAGUGAUUGGGUUCUGUCAGCAGCUCACUGCUUUCAAAGCAGUUCCAGUCUUUCAGCCUAUACCGUGUAUCUGGGUCGGCAGAGUCAAGAACUAUUCAAUCAACACGAGUUGUCCAGAAACGUCUCUCAAAUCAUACUUCAUCCAGAAUACAACCACCUUCUUAAUGACAAUGACAUGGCUCUGCUGCGUCUCUCCUCACCUGUGUCCUUCAGUAAUUACAUCCAACCAGUCUGUCUGGCGGCAGAGGGAAGCACAUUCAACAGUGACACGAUGUGGGUCACAGGUUGGGGACAUGUUAAUUCAGGCGAAUCCCUUCCUUCACCUCAAAUCCUACAGGAGGUGGAUGUUCCCGUAGUUGGAAACAGUAAAUGUAACUGCCUUUAUAAAGGAUCAAUAACAGACAACAUGAUGUGCGCUGGACCAUUGGAAGGUGGAAAAGAUUCUUGUCAGGGUGACUCGGGAGGACCACUGGCCAUUAAACAGGGCUCUAAUUGGAUCCAGGCUGGCGUUGUGAGUUUCGGUCAGGGUUGUGCUCUGCCUAAUUUUCCUGGCGUAUACGCCAGAGUGUCUAAGUACCAGAACUGGAUCAGUCAGCAUGUUGGCUUGAAUAAUACGGGUUUCAUCCGUUUUAACUCCACUACUCCUGUUAACAAUGAGACUUGUCCUACUCAGCCGACAUUGUGUGGAGGUUCUGCAGGUUCAUGGCCAUGGAUGGCCAGUGUAACUUAUAACAAUAAACGGAUGUGUGUAGGAACUUUGGUCUCUGACCAAUUCGUCAUGACCUCUGCUAGCUGCGUUGCCAGAUUAACUGAUAUGAAUGGAUUGGCAGUCAUCCUCAACGUUGUCCAGUGGGACUGCUCCAGCAUCACAGUGCAAGCUGAUGUGACAAAUGUCUUUUUUGACGAUGUUUUAGGCAAUGGUGUAGCACUCCUGCAACUGUCUUAUCCAUUUAAUCAAGUUGGAAAUUUAGUGGUUGACAUGUUUGGUCCAAGCUUUGGCCCUGGUACUCAAUGUUCAGUAAUUGGUUGGAGCCCAGCAGAAGUUAUGUCAUUUCUACCUUUUCGGGAAUUCCAGACCACCAUUGUAAACUGCGAUCUUUCAGGCAACACAGGCAUCAACAUCUGCACAGAGCGUUUGAACGUUCAGCAGGAUGAUGACGGCAGUCCUCUGCUGUGUAGAUGGGACGGCAUGUGGGUUCAGACUGGUAUUCUGUCCAUUUCCCCAGACAGUCAGACAAGCCCAAACUCCACAGCACAGAUCAACAGCACAGUCUUCAUCCAGAUCUCUCCCUUCUCCUUCUUCCUGACUAACACUCUCUACAACGUCCCAUCUAUUCUGGGUGGGGCUGAGUCAUUCUCGCCCCUCUCUCUCACCUACAUCCUCCUGCUCUCUCUCCCAGCCCUCCUCCAGGCCUUUUACUGAAGAGGCCAUCUGUCACUUGAUCAAUGAAUAAACAUAUGCAGUACAUUAUAGGCUAUUCUGUCACGAAAACAAAUUCCUCGUAUGUGUAAACAUACCUGGCAAUAAAGCUCAUUCUGAUUCUGAUUCUGAUUAUUUGCUCUAGUAUUAGACAUAGUGAAAGGAGUGAACAUAUUUCCUUAUGAAAUUAAUUCCAUGUGAAGCCAUUAAACUCAGGGAACUCACAUGUAACAGAUGCCAUGCCGCACACAAAACCAUAAAACAAUAAAACAGAUCUGGAGAAGAAAUCUUCAAAGAGAGCAAACAACACCGACCCCUUCCUCCCUCUCCUCUCCCCUCCCUGCCUCUGACUCUCACUCUUCUCCCCCAAAAACAAUAAUAUCCAAAUGCCAUGUUAUAUCUUGUGAAUAUAUUGUUUUAUUGUCUCUACUGUGAAACUGAGACCAUUUUACCAAUCACACAGUCACUUGUAUUGUGAGAAAUAUUGAAAGCCUUUGUAGAAUUGUGUUCUGAGGAAGGGGUGUGUUUAUCUCUAAGCCAGGUGUGACACUGGGGACAUGAGAACCUAACAAGCCAAAGGGUCUUUAUGUUUUUUACAACUGAUUUGAAGAUUUCUUUGUUUUUCUUAUUUGGGUAUAUAAGGGGAGUGAUAAAAAUAUUGCUGGGUGAUUCUGUAGCUAUACUAUGUAUUUUCCUGAAGUCGGGUCUUUUACUCCUAGAAUUAUCUUUGAGAAUUUGAUGUGUUGUUUUAAUUUGAU